AAACCACAUACGUACCUCCAAAACACCACCAAGCAGGUUCGAAUGAUCGUUCUAGAAUCCUCCAAAACCUGGCCCAGAUAGAAGAUAUGCACAAAUCCAUUUUAACGCGUACAACACUUCUACAUCUCAUCCUAAACCCACUCCUGACGAUCCCGACGCGCGCCUCGACCACAAUCGCACCUGCGACAAUUCUCUAUCAAAGACCAAUCCGUACACCGAUUGCCUACCCCCAGUGUCCCUCCAACCUCUAUCAAGGAAAGCCCUACUCCACAAUGUCAUCGCCCACUGAGCAAACCCAACAACAACAACCCGAGAAUGCCGCUACCGACUCCGCCACCGAAAAGAAACCAGAGCAAUACCUCGCUCUUCCCGACUCCAGCAGCGCCGAUCAGACACAGCAGCUUGAUGUCAGCGGUGAUGGGUCGACAGUGAAAUUGGAUCACUUGGGUCCGUUGGUGGUCAACCAGGAUGGGACGUUAUCACGGAUCGCGAACUGGGCGCAGAUGACGGAGAUGGAGAAAAAGAAUACGUUGCGGGUACUAGGGAAGAGAAACAAGCAACGGAUGGAGGCACUAAAGGCUGCUCAGGGUGCGCAGGACGAGGGCAAUUAGGCCCAGGGAGCGGUGGGAGGGUUGCUAGUUCUACAGAGUAGGAGUUACGGACUUGUGCUUUAGGCUUCGCAUAAAGUUACAGAUUUUAAUAAGCUCUACACGAUGAGAGCUGCUCAGAUAUAUCGAUGUUA